AUGUCUGACCCAAAGAGUGAAACACACGAGUUCACAGCUGAGAUCUCUCAGUUGAUGUCCUUGAUUAUCAACACUGUCUACUCAAACAAAGAGAUUUUCUUGAGAGAAUUGAUCUCCAACGCUUCAGAUGCCUUGGACAAGAUUAGAUACCAAGCUUUGAGCGAUCCAUCAUUGUUGGAAUCAGAACCUAAAUUGUUCAUUAGAAUUAUUCCACAAAAGGAUCAAAAAGUUUUGGAAAUUAGAGAUUCAGGUAUUGGUAUGACCAAGGCUGACUUGGUCAACAACUUGGGUACUAUUGCCAAGUCUGGUACUAAGUCAUUCAUGGAGGCCUUGAGCGCUGGUGCCGAUGUCUCUAUGAUUGGUCAAUUCGGUGUUGGUUUCUACUCCUUGUUCUUGGUUGCUGACCACGUUCAAGUUAUCUCGAAACACAAUGAUGACGAACAAUACAUUUGGGAAUCUAAUGCUGGUGGUAAGUUUACCGUUACCUUGGACGAAACAAACGAAAGAUUGGGCCGUGGUACCAUGUUGCGUUUGUUCUUGAAAGAGGACCAGUUGGAAUACUUGGAAGAAAAGAGAAUCAAGGAGGUUGUUAAGAAGCACUCUGAAUUCGUUGCUUACCCAAUUGAGUUGGUUGUUACUAAGGAGGUUGAAAAAGAAAUUCCAGAAGAUGAGUCCUUGACCAAGGAUGAAGAAGAGCAAACCGAAGGUGACGACGAGAAGAAGCCAAAAUUGGAGGAAGUUGACGAUGAAGAUGGAAAGAAGGAGAAGAAGACCAAAAAGGUUAAGGAGGAAGUCACCGAAACCGAAGAGUUGAACAAAGUCAAGCCAUUGUGGACUAGAAACCCACAAGACAUUACUCAAGACGAGUACAAUGCAUUCUACAAGUCCAUCUCAAACGACUGGGAAGACCCAUUGGCUGUUAAGCACUUUUCAGUUGAAGGUCAAUUAGAGUUUAGAGCUAUCUUGUUUGUUCCAAAGAGAGCACCAUUUGAUGCUUUUGAAUCAAAGAAGAAGAAGAACAACAUCAAGUUGUACGUUCGUCGUGUCUUUAUCACUGAUGAUGCUGAAGAGUUGAUCCCAGAAUGGUUGAGUUUUAUUAGAGGUGUUGUUGACUCUGAAGAUUUGCCAUUGAACUUGUCAAGAGAGAUGUUGCAACAAAACAAGAUUUUGAAGGUUAUUAGAAAGAAUAUUGUCAAGAAGAUGAUUGAAACUUUCCAAGAAAUCUCUGAGGAUCAAGAACAAUUUGAGAAAUUCUACAGCGCCUUCUCCAAGAACAUCAAAUUGGGUAUUCACGAAGACACCCAGAACAGACAAGCUUUGGCCAAGUUGUUGAGAUACAACUCUACCAAGUCCACUGAGGAAACUACUUCAUUGACCGAUUACGUCACAAGAAUGCAACCACACCAAAAGAAUAUUUACUACAUCACUGGUGAGUCCUUAAAGGCUGUUGAAAAGUCUCCAUUCUUGGAUGCUUUGAAGGCCAAGAACUUUGAAGUUUUGUUCAUGGUUGACCCAAUUGAUGAAUACGCUAUGACGCAAUUGAAGGAAUUUGACGACAAGAAAUUGGUUGAUAUUACCAAGGACUUUGACUUGGAGGAGACUGAAGAAGAAAAAGCUCAAAGAGAAAAGGAGACUAAGGACUUUGAGCCAUUGACCAAGGCUGUUAAGGAUAUCUUGGGUGACCAAGUUGAGAAGGUUAUCAUUUCUGACAAGUUGGUUGAUGCUCCAGCUGCCAUUAGAACCGGUCAAUUUGGUUGGUCAGCAAACAUGGAGAGAAUCAUGAAGGCACAAGCUUUGAGAGACACCACCAUGUCCUCAUACAUGUCCUCAAAGAAGACUUUUGAACUUUCACCAAGAUCGCCAAUUAUUCAAACCUUGAGAAAGAAGGUUGAAGAAGAUGGUGCUGAAGACAAGACUGUUAAGGACUUGACCACCUUGUUGUUUGACACUGCAUUGUUGACUUCGGGUUUCACUUUGGAAGAGCCAUCCAGCUUUGCUCAAAGAAUCAACAGAUUGAUUGCUUUGGGUUUGAACAUUGAUGAUGACGAGCCAGAAACUCAAACCGAGUCAACUGACGCUAAGGCCGAUACUGCUGCUACUGAAGAGCCAGCAGUUGAAUCUGCUAUGGAGGAAGUUGAUUAA